UCAAGGACUUGAAGAGGCAGAAGUUCAGCUGACCUCUCAAAAUUCCAUCCCCAGUUGUUUACCUAUCAUCUCCAAAAACAAAACAAAAAAACACUAUUCAUUUAAACAACAAUCAGCAACAAUAACAAUGACAAUAGCAAUGGCUUCAUCACUUCAGAUAUUAGUAAAGAAGAAUCCGCUAUCAUCUUCAGCACUCUCAUUAAGCAGCAAUUCAUUUUCCAAUACAAACAACAACAAGCAGGUCUGCAUCCGAAUUAAUCAGAAGUUUGUUGGAAGAAUCAAGUCUGAAUCAAAAGAGCCACCAGCUGAGUCAGCCCUCACACCAAAAGCUUCUACAUCACUACAGAUAGGCUCACCAGUUAUCAUAGUGGAAGCUCCUCAAAUGUUAAAGACUGCGGCUUCUAUGCCCUGUCUCAGAGUCAAUUCUGGCUUAGUCAAAGCCGGCGACGUUGGCAGGAUUAUGUCAAGGAAGCCAAUGGAUGUAUGGGCAGUUCGUCUGACCAUUGGUACUUAUCUCAUAGACGGAAAGUAUUUCAAGCCCUUGCAGUUAGACGAGGAUAACUAAUCAUUUCUUUUUUACAAAAGGAUAAUACCUCAUAAUGUAUAUGAUAUAAAACCAAAAAUGAGAUUGUUAUAUAUGAUGAGAUCCUUACACUUGUUAUAGAA